AUGAAGAGGGUCGUUGUACCAAAGUCAAGCUCGGCGUUGUAUCUGUUGUUCGCGGAAGGAUUUUGUCUUCUUCUUAUCGCGGUAGCUGUGAUUGCCUGUGGUUUUGUGUUAAACUAUCAUGAUGAUUUCGACUACGAUCAAGUCAGUGCUGAACACGACUAUACUCAAUAUUGGGUUGGUUUUGUGGUAAGUUUCGGGCACUUUAUAUAUGGUGUGGUGGGCAUCGUCAAAUGAAUUGACACUCACGGUAGCAAUGAUGUAAAUGUUUCAUCAUACAUGUAUUUGAAACACAAGGAAUAGUGAAUAAAUUAAUAUGAAAUCUUCGCUUUGAUAAGGGUGCAAAUGCUUCAAAUAUACAAGGCGAAAUUUGACAUAGUUCGAACGAAGGCCUUACUAACUUCCGGCAAAGACCCUUCGCCAGAAACGUCGAAGUUCUCCUUGUAUUUUUCAGUUAGUUGUUGCCCUAUCAAUCUGAAAGCUUUCUUAUCAUAUUGCCACUACUUCACUGGCAAAGACCCUUCAAGAAUAAAUUAAUCAUCCCCAUGCAUAAGUGUGUUUCGUUUCAGAGUUUAUACCACAAUGUCACCCUCAUUAACCUUUCAGUGUUAGAUCGGUGCGGUCCACCCUCGAUAAAAAUUGUCAUUAAUUCAUUCAUUCAUUCAUUCAAUGUCACACUUAGUGAAAUUCACCUCUUUGAUGGUAAGGACAUGAUGGUCAAAUUCACAUGUAUUAAUUCACACUUGUACAUGAUGGGAACCAGCAACUGCAAAACAGUUUCCAUGUACUGCAUGUAUUUGAUACCCACCACAAGAUCAACACAUAUAUACAGUGAACAAUAUUUGAGUCACUCUGUGAAUAAUGAAGGCUUUUUUCGGAGUCAUCGUUGUGUAUUUUACGAAAAUACACAGAGGUUCUCUUAAUUAUUCAAGUCAUUCUAAUGAUAAAUGUGUUUCAUUUCAGAGUUAUCACCAUAUUUAUACACCGUGUUACUUGGUUUAGUUAGCAUAUAUGUCUGACAAGAUUAGAAUGUAUCUUAGUAAUGUUUGGCAAUGACUACAAAGUAAAUAUUUCAAUUCAAUUAUUGAUAGACUAUUCAAUUUGUGGAAUGUAUGCAGCAAUCAUAUCAGAUCAUGUAUAGCAAAAUAUAUUAUAGUUUAUCGUUCGGUUUGGGGAUUUGUUAAUUUAUAAUUAAACUUAGCUUGAUAUAAAAAAAAUAGAAAUUACUAAACUUAUGUUUCAAUUCAGUCAAUAGAGUCCUGCAAUUAAUGGAAUGUAGAUACUAUUUCACGUAUCAAUAAGUUUGUUCACAUACAGUACAUGAUAAAUGUUAUCGUCAGUUAGGGAUGUUUAUAAAACCUAGCUACAUAUUAAGAAACAGAAAUGUGCAAGACUUUAAUUUUACCGCGGUGUAGCUUUCAGAAUAAAGUAAAACGAUUGUGCACUCAUACAUAUAAAAUAGUUCUGGUAUUUUCAAACAAUUUCAUCAUUCCUUUAAAGACUAUUAGUCGGAAGUAUGUGUCAGACAAUAUCAGAUAUUAGAAUGGAAACUAUAUAUAAUUUCCUGACAGGUGCCAUGAAAAAAUACCAUCUCUAAUAUGUGGUUCGCCAAAAUUUCUUAUGCAACCAUUGUAUAAAUAAAACUCAUUGAAUAUCAUACUUAAUCUAGUAGAGAUAUGCAAAUUUAUCGCAGGGAAUAAUUGAGUUGUCACGCCCAAAAAUUGCAUAUCAUACUGAAGAAAUUCAUUAUCAUUAGAUCAGGAUAAGACAACCUAACAAAUAUUACAAGAGAGUUCUUGUUGUGCUUUUCACUGUUUUCAGGUAUCACAGUAGGAAUUUUGCAUAGGUAAAUUUUAAGUCUUGAAGGAUUUGUAAGAAAUGUUUGCGGGAACUGAAUAAAUGUUUAACACCGAGUCAGUUUUCUCAAACAUUUCUUACAAGUCCUUCAAAACUUAAAAUUUACCUAUGCAAAAUUCCUGCUGUGGUCACAGAAACUUUGAUAGUGCAUCAACCAGGCUUUAUGUUUUUGCUCAGUUGUAUAUAUCGUCAUCUUUAAUUCCUUAGUUACUGAUUACGGCAUUCUUCGCUAUCGCAGCUGGUACUCGUCAAAGAAGCAGAUGGCUGGUAAGACGAGGUUUCUCUUUCUUAACAAAACUUAACUGCAUAGCUUAACACCGUUUAUUAUAUAAACAUAAGUGUUAUAUAGAGUUUUUGGCCACUGAGAAAAAUCGUAUUUAAACACACGUAAAAAAUACGAUAUUUUUACGUGUGAAAAUAUCAUUUGUUGUAAAACGCAUGGACACAGACGUUUUAUUGUUUUUCACUGAAUUUUGUUUAUAUAUUAAACAGAAAAAUACAUGGGUGCUUGGAAAUACCAGAUUUAUUUCUCGUGUAGAACAUGAUAUCUCAUGUUCAACACUCGAAAUAAAUCUGGUAUUUCCAAGCACCCAUGUAUUAUUCUCUAUAUAUUGCCGUGGUCACCACGCUUGGCUUUUCAAACAUGGGAGACACUCGUUCAAACCAUGACAUCAGUAAAUGGUUAGACGCUCGCGUCUUCUCGGAAUCUCGGAGAAGGACGUUAAAAUCGUAGGUAUCUCGGAUCCCCCAUCAAUGGACGACUUGCGCUUUAGACUAAAUUUUUAUCUAAGUAAGAACAACGAAAUCUAUCACCACAGCUGGAAGGAACGUCUUGGAAUUAGUAAUAUUCCAAAGUUUGGUUGCGAAAUGUUGUAAAAUACGGAAAAUAUAGCCCUUCAGAGUUGGCAAAUUUGUAUACUUUUGUAUUACCUGCGUGAAUUGGUAACUAAAUUAGUUGCCAAUUUCCGCACCUAAUAGAAAUGUAUACAAAUUUGCCAACUUCGCAGAGCUAUAAUUCCCGUGUUUUACAACAUUUCGCAACCAAAUUUUGCAGUUCUUCUAAUUUUGAUAACUUCUUUCCGAAAAUAUCCUUUGUUAUUCCCAGAUUAAUUAAAAAAUUUUCUAAAGCGCAAGUCGUCAGUUGGACAAUAGCACGUUAGGAAAUCUGCUCACUCCAAUAAGUGAAAAACUUAAUGAACUCAAAAACAUACAGUUGCCAUUAAACUAACCUUUUCAUGACUGAUGUUUCCAGGUUAUUAGUGCGAUGUUCUUGUUCUUCGUUUCAAUUCUGGUCUCACUCUUCGCUUUGGUCAUCGAGAGCUUUGAUUGGGUCAAGCAUAAGAACAGUGUACGAAGCAAAGGAUUUUGGGAAUCAGAAGACUACGUCUGCAUUUCGCCAACGCCUACGUCAUGUGUUUGUAACCAUCCUGGUGGAGGUAAAGACGAUAACUCAGAUAUAAUUAUCAUUUUAAAUAUGAUGGUGAACUCAGGGUUUAUUUUAAGAAAAAUUUAGAAUUGCACAUAUUAGGGAUGUUACGAAGCAUCAUGUGUUUGACUGAGGGGUGAAAGGGUGUUUGACUGGGGGUCAAAAAAUUUUUAUCUGUAUUUAAUGUCAUAAAUUUAUAGUUAACGUUGUGAAUUAUGAUAGACUCUUAAUUUGUAUAUAGGUGGCACAAUAAAUAUGUGGUUGGGUGGGCCAGACAAACUCUAUUCUGGUUGGGGGCGCUACAGGUAGGGGGUGUUCUCCCAAAUUUGAAUCUAGAGGCUUGUAAUUUCUGGCAAGGUUUUGUUUCACCCAACCACCCACAAAAACUAUUUCAAAACAUGUAACUGGGAAUCAUGAAUACUCAAUAUAUAAUAACCUUAGGCAGCAAAGAAUAUUAGGUUCUCCCACUCUAAUCUCUUUUGGAUAGCUUCGUUCGCCCCAAUUUUACAUCCUGUUCCAUUAACCCCAGCACGUAUGUCCUCUCCCAGAAAACGUUUAAAUUUUUGAUGCUCAAUGACAGCAUUUCUGGCAUCUGGAGCAUCCACAAGGAAAACAAGUAAAUGAGAAGACUGUUUUGAGGUUAUAUUUUUGUUAAUUUGGUGACUGCACAUUUGAGUUUUAAGAACUGCACAAAUGGGUUUAGAACUGCACAUUUUGUGUAGAACUGCACGUUAAAAUAAACCCUGGGUGAACUUGGGGCUUCGAUGGCGCAAUUUUCAACACCUUUCACCUCUAAGAUCGAGGGUCUACCGAAAGUCGUGGGUUUUCUCCGGGUACUCUGGUUUCCACCCACAGGGAAUGUUGACAGGGUGGGUUGGGAUUAGCCCCCUAACUCACUUUUCCACAGUAGCUGUACUCCGUGAUCAGACAUGAGUCAUAAGGCUAAGAAAGCCUUCAAGUCGAUCACGUUGAGCUGCGUCCUUCGUAAUUCAGCUUAGCUCUCAGCCGCAAGUAAGAAUGAUUAGCACACCCCAACAUACUACUUACUUAUUGAUUAAAACUAUUAACAGUUAUUCGAGCAUGCAAAGGUAUGAAUUAGGCUUAAGAUUGAGGGUAACAUAUCACAGCUGUAUUUAAAUUGAAGUUUUUGAUAAUCAUCCUGGAAUCGUAAACCAGCCAAUCAUAGUUAACCACAACCUAGAGUAUGCAUGAUAAUCCUUGAGACGUUCAUUUCUCAAAAUAUGUUUAUUUAAAUUAUGUUUAUAGCUUCACAAACAAUUUCUGAAAGUUUGGACUGCGAUACAUUAGAAAGAUUGGAUUAUCUUUAUGGUGCAUUGGUAUGCUGUAUCUUGGCGGCCGUUUUUCUGGCCCUUUCGUCCAUAAUCAUUGUCAUGAUAUUUAUACCAAUUCGAUCUUUCACCGUGCCAGUGGUAAGAUGAUAAUAAUUUUACUUAUUCUGAUUCUAUAUUUCUGGAAAAAGUUUCGCAUUCUAUACGGUAUUUCUAAAAUUAAGAGUUGCUCUCGCGUGGCGGCUAGCUCAGCUAUGCAUUUUCCCCGCACACGUUGGGAAAACUAUACGGCUCGGCAACGACAUCGUUGAUAACAUUGUUUGUAUUUCCCGCCAUUGUUACCAUUUUGACCGAAGUCACGAGAAGAAACUAUGGGUUCUCAUUGGCUAUAGUUAAUUCAAGCAGCUCAGCACUAAGCUAGCUCGCAACAUCCGCAGACGUUGAGAUUUUUUCCUCGUGAAAUGAAAAAAAUCAAACACGUCAGAUACUUUCCUCAAGGCGUCAACUUUUAGAGUGCGAUUAUAUAGAAUGUAUUUAGUAAUUGUUCCGCAUAUAAUUUAACUAUAUGUAUACUACAGUAAGUCCAGUUGAACUGAUGAACAUUGUUUACCUGAUAGAUAUGAGAAAUAGACAAAAAUUAAACCAUAUAGCUAAGUAUUUUCUCAGGAAGGACUAUUCGCAAAAGCCUUUUGGAUUUAUUAUAGUCCUUCUUCCAAAUAUGUAGGCAUAAAUAAAUAAUAUAACUCGGGAAAUGUAAUGUACGAUAAGCAUACUUGGAAUAGAUAUAUCCGAAUACAAAAAAAAAGAAGGGGUCAAAUCCUCACGAAACUAUUCACACACGAGAAAAACACGCUAAGCUAGACGCCACACGAGGCGGUAGCUUGGCAAGUUUCUCUCAUGUACAGCAGGCUUAAUUCUUCACAUGUCAACUUCUGUAGCCAAAGAAACGAAUCAAGAAGAUCACAGUCUUGGAAGACAAACCAGAACCCGUUGUUGUCUACAAGCCUGCACCAAAGAGAGUCGUCGAGCCGAGACCGAAAGUGGAGGAGAUCGUCAUCAGAGAGCGGAAACCACGGCCCGUGCGCAUGCUCGUCGAACCCAGACCCGAGCCCAAGACGGAAGUGGAAGAAAUCGUCAUAAGAGAACGCCAACCGCAACCAGUUCGUACGAUCAUUUACGAUCAGCCCCGACAACAGAGGCCCGAGGUAUCACCACAGAGUACUUACAUACAGAGGUCUUACUUCUGCGGGAAAACUGUAAGGUAGUUUUUACUACCUGGCGGCCAUGUUCUUAACAAGUGCCCUAAAGAGAGGCAUUCACCCCCUGGAACAUUAAAUUUCAAUAUGUUUUCACGAGGGGGGUGACCUGGGCACUUGCUAAGAACAAGGCGGGCUGAAAAAACAUUUACGCUAAAUUAACCUGAGGUGAAACCUCUGCGUAUGUAAGUACUCUGUGUUAUCACACUAUUCACCUUGGGCAAGCAAUUUUUUUUUAAUCACCGACGUCAACCGAAUAUUGGUAUAACUAAUAGACCUUUAAUUACGUCACGACUAACACUGUUUUCAACUUAGGACCACCUUAAAUGGAAUGGAUUUCAAGUUUGUUUCUCACGGGCUAUGGUCAGAGGAGCAGAACAUCCUUCUUCAACAUAUGCAUAAAAAAGAAUUUUGGAUUUUGACUGUUAAAUGUGGAAAUAAGCUUAAACCAUAGAUAUCUUAUAUACACUAGAUAGUGCGUCUAAUUAUUCUGCAAUUCAAAAAUUGAAGCCAUGAUUGCAGACUCAGGAUAUUCUCAUGAAAUGAGAAGACUCGUAUGUUUUCUAUUUCUUAUACAGGGAACUUAAACAUUAAGUUAAACCUAUUCCAAAUACAUUUUCAAACUAUUCAAAUGAUGAAAGUUAUUGUUGUUUUUUAAGCGUUUAUUAGCGAGUGGGAAACUUCAACAUGGCCGCCAUCUAUUCAAAUGGGGGUAACCGCUGGAAUAUUCUUGGCUUCAAUUUUACUAAAAGAGAUGCGCUAUCUAGUCUAUACAAGAUUAUAUGAAUAAUAUGCGCUUUAGAAACCACUGCAAGUUUUCUUGCACUUCCGGUUCCGUGUAUCCCAGGGCCUAUGAAGGUCGCGCGCGGCCUAGCGGCCCUGGGAACGAGGUGGUUAUGUCCAAUAUUGUAGAUCCAUCCAUGACUGAGUUCUUGAGAUGCAAAGCUCUUUUUUUAGGGGGGGGAGGGGAGUGAGGAUAAACAUUAUCUUAAACAUCUGCUAUGCCUUUAAGUUGUUGCCGUAUGUUGUAUAUCGUGUACAUGCAUAACAUUCACUAACAGAAACAGUAACUCGUCCAUGCUUUUACAGUUACAACGUGUUUCUGUUAACGUUGUAGUGUUGGUCAACGUCAACUGGUGUGUCUAGCUCGAGCUUUAUUACGAAGAACAAAAGUUUUGGUUCUGGAUGAAGCAACGGCUGCAGUAGAUUUAGAGACUGAUGAACUUAUUCAACAAACUAUUCGUAAAGAAUUUUCAGACUGUACUGUUCUUACUAUUGCACAUCGACUUAACACUAUCAUGGAUUAUACAAGGUAACUCUUCACUUAAAUUUUAUAAACUCUAGGUGGGUCUAGGUGCAGGCUCCCCCAGAAAAUUUUCAACUGCACCCCCCGCCCAGAGAGCAUCAGGCCCGUACGCUUAUGGGUAUAGCUUCAAUAACUAUAAUGGAUAGAUUUUAUCUUUUACUGUAAGUAAUCAUCUUUUGUUGUUUAGGAUAAUGGUUUUAUCCAGUGGACACAUUAUAGAAUUCGACUCUCCGAAAAGUUUACUCGAGAAACAGGGCGCGUUCUAUGGCAUGGCAAAAGAUGCAAAAUUGGUUUAG